AUGAUUAUGUCAUCUGCGAUACUCGCAAUAAUAUGUGGCUUUCUAUUAAAGCCGGCAAGCUUAUCUGCAAUCGACUAUGGACCUAUUAAAAUCAUUGUCAGAGAAAGUCCUGAUGCACUAACAGACAUGAUUCAUCAAGGUGAAAACUAUUAUUUCAAACACCAUGUGAACUACCCACCAUCAAAUUUUGAGGCUAUGAUGUCAUUAAUACAAGAAGAUGCAUUGAAACUUGAAGAAGAAACCGAAAAACUUCAGGAUAUUUUAAAACCAUUCAUACGUCCAGGAUCAAAUUUGUCAAAAGAUAGAAUUUCUAAAGUUGAACCACUUUCAAGACCGUCUCCUCUGCCUGUAUCAUUAAUUUUGGAAGAAGAAAAACCUGAAGGCGUAAUAUUAGAACAACAACCAAUUUCCGUGGAACCUGUACUACCACAGACAUCGAUAAACGACAUACCUGCAGUUACUGGAGCGAUAAAUCUAGAAGAACCAAAUGAUUAUAAAGAGAAAGUGAUAUUGGUUGAAGAUACUCCCGCAUUGCCACUUAUAUCUAUUGAUAAACAUCCUUCAGUUCUGGAACAAGUGAAGCUCGAAGAACCAAAACUAUCAGCAAUAAACAAUGAAAUGCUAUAUUUUGAAAAUUAUGAUCCAGUGAUAAUUUCUAAAGCUCCAGUAAAACUACCUUUAUUGGUUAGCAACUAUCCGGUAUCAGUUGAAGAAGUGAAAUUAGAAGAACCAAAAGAACGCGAAGAUAUCAAGAAUACACUUUAUCUGAACUCUGCUAUAAUAGCAGAACCUCCGGUAUUUCGACCUUUAUCAGUUAACAAAUAUCCUGUAUUUGUAGAAAAAGUAAAAGCUGCAGAACCAGAAUCUUAUUCAGUGAGCACUGGAGCAAGUUUUGAAAAAAAAGUAAAAGUAGUGGAACCAGAUAUAUCUGAAAGAAACGAGAAUACGUUGUACCUGAACUCUGCGAUAAUUCCAAGAUUUCCAGUUGUGUCAUCUACAUCGAAUAAUGAAUAUCCCACAGUUAGUAAACAAAUGAAAACAGAACACCAAAAAGUGUCUGAAGUGGUUCCGCCUGCGUUACGACCUAUGUCAGUUAAAGACAAUUCAGCAGUUUUUCUUAAACUAGCAAAAAUAGAAAAACCAAAAGUAUAUGAACAGAACGUCGUAAUGGUUCCGCAAGCUUCUGUAUUGCAACCUGAUCUGACAGACAAAUUAGUGAUGGUAAAAGACCCAAAUAUUCGUAAAGACGACGUGAAUACGCUACACCUAAGCACUACUAUUCCAGAAGCUCCAGUAUUACCGCCGUCAUCUAUAAACGACUAUCCUGUUAAUUUUGAACAAGGCAAUGUAGAAGCAGAAAAGCCAAAAGUGUACGAAGAGAAUAUAAAAGUGAUUCCGGAAGCUCCUGUGUUGCUACCUAAUGAUAAUGGAGUUGUCGAAGAACAAACAGUGGAAGAACCUAAACUAAAUGAGAUCAUUGAAAAUACUCUGCAUUUGAGCUCUAUAAUACCAGAAGCCCCAGUAUUACCGCCGUUGUCUAUAAAUGAAUAUCCUAUUACUACUGUACAAGGAAAAGUAGAAUCAAAUGUGCAUAGAAAGAACAUUCAAGAAGUUCCAGUAGCUCCCAUAUUACCAUCUUUAUCAUCUCAAGACCUCCCUGCAGUUGUCAAGGAACAAACAAUAGAAGAUCCGAAGGAAUAUAACAAUCACGAUAUAGUCAUUCCAAAAGCUCCCGUGUUACCGACCGUGUUCGUUAACGACCAUCCAGCAGUACUCGACCUUGAACAAGUGAAAGUAGAAAAACCAAAAGUACAUGAAGAGAACCUUAAAGUGAUACCGGAAGCCCCUAUGAUGCUACCUAAUGAUCAUGGAGUUGUCAAAGAAUCAACAGUGGAAGAACCUAAACUAAAUGAGAUCAUUGAAAAUACUCUGCAUCUGAGCUCUAUAAUACCAGAAGCCCCAGUAUUACCACCGUUAUCUAUUAAUGAAUAUCCUGUUACUACUGUACAAGGAAAAGUAGAACCAAAUGUGUAUAGAAAGAACAUUCAAGAAGUUCCAGUAGCUCCCAUAUUACCAUCUUUAUCAUCUCAAGACCUCCCUGCAGUUGUCAAAGAACAGACAAUAGAAGAUCCGAAGGAAUAUAACAAUCAAGAUAUGGUCAUUCCAAAAGCUCCCGUGUUACCGACCGUGUUCGUUAACGACCAUCCAGCAGUUUUCGACCUUAAACAAGCGAAAGUAGAAAAACCAAAAGUACAUGAAGAGAACCUUAAAGUGAUUCCGGAAGCCCCUAUGUUGCUACCUAAUGAUUAUGGAGUUGUCAAAGAAUCAACAGUGGAAGAACCUAAACUAAAUGAGAUCAUUGAAAAUACUCUGCAUCUGAGCUCUAUAAUACCAGAAGCCCCAGUAUUACCACCGUUAUCUAUAAAUGAAUAUCCUAUUACUACUGAACAAGGAAAAGUAGAACCAAAUGUGUAUAGAAAAAACAUUCAAGAAGUUCCAGUAGCUCCCAUAUUACCAUCUUUAUCAUCUCAAGACCUCCCUGCAGUUGCCAAAGAACAGACAAUAGAAAAUCCAAAGGAAUAUGACAAUCACGACAUAGUCAUUCCAAAAGCUCCCGUGCUACCGACUGUGUUCGUUAACGACCAUCCAGCGGGCCUUGAACGAGUGAAAGUAGAAAAACCAAAAGAACAUGGAGGGAACCUUGAUUUGAUUCAGGGAGCUCCUGUGUUGCUACUUAAUCAUCAUGGAGUUGUCGAAGAAUCAAAGGUGGAAGAACCUAAACUAAAUGAGAAAGCUGAAAAUACUUUACAUCUGAGCUCUAUAAUUCCAGAAGCUCCUGUAUUACCACCGUUAUCAAUUAAAGACUAUCCUAUUACUACUGAACAAGGAAAAAUAGAACCAACUGUGUAUAAAGAGACCAUUCUAGAAAUUCCAGAAGCUCCAAAAUUACCGGCUUUAUCAUCUCAAGACCUCCCUGCAGUAGAUAAAGAACUAACAACAGAAGAUCCUAAGGAAUAUAAAAACAACAUUGCAGUGGUUUCAGAAGCUGCCGCUUCAAUACCUGUGCCAGAUAACGGCUACGCUGCAGUUCUUGAACAAAAACUACCAAAAGUAUCAGAUAAUUCCGAAAAUGUACUAUAUCUGAGUUCUGGUAUAAUACCAGAAGCUCCUAUACUACCUGUUGUUGAAAAAGUAAAAGUAGAAAUACCAGAACUAUCUGAGAAUAUGCUGUAUCAGAGCCCUGUAAUAAUGCCAGAAAUUCCAGUACUACCCCCGUUAUCACUUAACGACUAUCCUGCAACUUUUGAACAAGUGAUAGUCAAAAAACCAAAUGUUUACACAGAGAAUACUGAAGUGACUCCGGUAGCUCCUGAAAUGCCAUCUAUAGUGCUUAAUAAUAAUCCUGCGAUUGUUGCUGAAGUAAAUGUAGUAGAACCAAAUGAGACUGACGAAGCCAGGAAUCUGCUAUAUCUGGGUCCUACAAUAAUUCCUGAAGCUCCAGUUUUACCACCUUUAUCAGAAAUCGACUUUCCUCUCGCUGAGAAUAUUGCAAUGGUUCCAGAAGCUCAGCAUUUAUCUUACGACUACCCUGCAACUUUUGGAGAACUGAAAACAGAUGAUUCAAAGGAAUAUAAAAAUAAUGUCAUAGUGGUUCCAGCAACUCCCGUGUUAGUUGAUAAUAUUCCGGAAGUUGUUGAAGAAAUAAAAGUAGAGGAACCAAAACUAUCUGAGGAGAUUGAAAAUAUGCUGUACCAAAGCCCUGUUAUGAUUCAGGGAGUUUCAACAUUACCACUUUUAUCGCUUGGCGACUAUCCUACAGCUUUUGAACAAGUAAAAAUAGAAGAACCACAGGUUUGGUCCGCUGCUGUUUUCGUUUUGGGUACCCUUCUACUCAAGCAAGCAGUUCCAACAUCGAUUGAUUAUGAACCUAUUCAAAUAACAGUUAACGAAAAUUUCAAUUCACAAUCAGGCCCUGGAGAUUCGCUCCCUGCAAGAUCUGGCAUACUUCAUCAAGGUGCCAAUUUUUACUUCAAACCACAAAUAAAUAUACCGCCAGCUCACAUCGAAGCUUUGACAUCAUUGGUGCAACGGGAUCGUACACCAAACCGACUGAUUGAAACAGAAAAGAUUAUAGCUGUAAUGAUUCCAGAAGCACCUAUAUUACCAUCUAUAGCAAUUGAGGAAAUUUUACCCGUUGUUGAAGAAGUCAAAUUAGAAGAAUCGGUGGUAUUAGAAGAAUCAGCGGCUAUGUCUCCAAUAACAGAAAUUGAAUUUAUAGUUCCAAAAGGACCUUUGUCAGCCGAAAAUAAAAUCAUGCCAAUCGUGGAAGAAGUUGAAUUAAUACAACCGGUUUUGGUAGAGGAAACUGAAGAUGUGUUAUGUCUUAAUACAGAAAUUGGUAAUUUUGUUCCCGAAGCACCAACUUUACCGUCAAUUGAAAACAGCGUGCCAGUGGUUGAAGAUGUCGAAGUGUUGGAACCAAUUAUAUUAGAGGAAGUUGUAGGUAUAUUAUCUCCGAGCACAAAAAUCGAUAAUGUUAUUCCGGAAGCACCAACUUUGCCACCUCUUUCAAUUGAAGAUAAUGUGCCAGUGAUUGAAGAUGUCAAAAUAAUGGAACCAGUUAUAUUAGGGGAACCUAUAGAUGUGUUAUCUACAAGCUCAAGCCUUGGUAUUGUUAUUCCCGAAGCACCAACUUUACCGCCUCUGUCAAUAGAAGAUAUCGUGUCCGUUGAAGAAGAUGUUGAAGUAAUAGAACCGGCAAUGUUAGAGGAAACUGUUGAUGUUAUUCUUGAAACACCAACUUUACCGCCAAAUGAAAAAUUCGUAGCAGUAUGCGAUAAAGUUGAGCUAAUAGAACCGGUUAUAUUAGAAGAACCUGCAGAUAUGUGGUCUUUGGUCACAGAGAUAAAUGAAAUUAUUCUGGAAACAUCCACUUUACCGCCUCUAACAAUUGAAGAAAUUGAAUUAGUAGAACCCAUAAUAAUAGAUGAAACUGUUGGUGUUUUAUCUGCAAUUACAGAAAACACUGAAUUCAUUGCGGAGACACCAAAUUCACCAACGCUUGUAAUAGAAAAUAUUGUGCCUUUUGUUGAAGUGAAUGAACUAGAAGAACCGACAAUAGAGGAAACUGUGGGUGUAUUGUCUGGGAUUACAGAAGUAGAAGAAAUCAUUCCCGAUGCACCAACUUUACCACCUAUGUCAAUUGGUGAAAUUGAUUUGUUUGAAUCUUAUCCGAAAAAUGAUAUAAUCGUUCCAGAACCUAUGAUACUUGAUGAACAUGUCCCGGUUGGUGAGGAAGUAGUAAUCGAUCCGUAUAUAAAUUUGAAAGAACCAGCAUACUAUGUGUCAAACACCCAGGAAAAUUUGAUCAUUCCAGGACCUCCGAAUGACUUAUUUAGUGACGUAUCUUUUGCUCUUGUGGAAUGUGGAAAUCCAGAAGAGCUUGUGAAUUUACCGGAUUCAAAAACUAUAACAGAGCCAGUUCUAGAAUCAGACACGGCAGAAUAUUUUAUAAAAGAACGAUUGCCUCCACUUAUCUUAGACGAGGUCGAGGAAGACCUGAUUAUGAAGUAA